GGGUACAGAGGAAUAACACCUGAGUUCUCAGGAAUGGCAAUGCAUGUGGGGUAUCAUGGGCGAAACAGUAUACUCUGUUAUGUCCAUGGUACUGCUCAUGUGUAUACGCAACGGUUACCAAUUUCCAUUAGGUGGGCCGUCAGCUUGUUUGUCAUUCUAAGUUGCAUAAAAUAAAAUAAUAGGUAUUCAUAAGGGCAUGUAAUGUAAGAAAGACUCUGUUUUCCGCACUUAGCCUCUCAUUUGGGCCGUUGUGCGUUUUCAUUCAUAAGGGCAUUUAUUGUAUUUAAUUUAUUUUUGCAUAUAGUUUUUUAUAUGCAAAUCGCAUGUUUCCGGAGUAACGCUUUUAUCAAUUCGUUAUUUAAUGUUAUUAAGAUAUCCAAUCAUGUUUACACGUCACUGUCCAAUUAAAUUAAUUGUUUUCUUAGAUAAAGAUGGAUUAGAUUAAUAUAAUCCAGUCAGAACAAAACUUGCCCGCAUGCAGUCGGGUAUUACUCUACAGCAUGGCAUUAUUAAAGUUAAUUAUUUUGUCAAUUGCAUAUGCUUGCACAUUUGGAUUACCUCAAAAUCCUCCAAAACCAAGAACUACAAUAUUCGGCGACGAAAUGCUAGAAGGCGAAAUUUUUGAAAAUCUUUCAGAAAGUAGUGAAAUUACCACUUUAAACGAGGAGGCGAGCGUUUACCGUUUACCAAAAACAACGAAACCUUUCCGUUAUGAUAUUAUCUGGACAAUAGAUUUUAAUAACUUGUCAUUUAAUGGCUUUGUAAUGAUAGUUUUAUACGCAACCGAGCCAGAUGUAGAUGAGAUAGUUAUACAUGCUGCCGACUUGUACAUUACAUCUGUUGAGUUACGUAAAGAUUUAAAUUCCAUACCUGUUUCUUAUGACGUAGACAAUAUUUUGCAAAUUAUACGUAUUAAACUGGAUAGCGGCACUCUUGAGUAUGAUGAAAACGAUGAAACUAAUCGUAUUAAUUAUGAAUUGAUAAUACGUUUUGAAGCUGAGCUACGUACAGACAUGUCAGGAUUAUAUAGAAGCUGGUUCAAAGACGAAAAUUAUACGGAGGAGGUCAGUUAUAUAGCUACCACUCAAUUCCAACCGACAUCAGCAAGAAAAGCGUUCCCCUGUUACGACGAGCCUGGUUUCAAAGCGAUGUUUACAAUUAGUGUUCAACGUCCGACCGCAUACAAAAGUUGGUCAUGUACAAGAAGGAAUGCAACUUUUAGCAACGGUAUCAUUGAGUAUGAAGAUGACAUAUAUAACUAUACGCCAUUUAUGUCUACAUAUCUAAUUGCUAUUAUUGUAGCAAAAUAUGAUAAUCUGAUGGUCAUUAAUUCUGAUGGUAAACUCAUAUACGAAGUGAUAGCUCGACCAGCGGCAAUAGAAGGAAAUCAAGGGGAAUAUGCCUUCGAAGUGGGACAGUUACUGUUAGCCGAAAUGAGUGCUCAUACUGCCAUCGAUUAUUAUACAGUUUCGGAAUUUUUUAAAAUGACCCAUGCAGCCAUUCCUGAUUUUGAGGCUGGUGCUAUGGAGAACUGGGGUUUGCUUACUUACAGAGAAUCAUAUCUUCUGUAUGACAAAGAUCAUACUAGUAGCUUUCAUAAGCAAUCCAUAGCUUACAUGCUCUCACACGAGAUAGCUCACAUGUGGUUCGGGAAUCUCGUCACAUGCGAAUGGUGGGACGUUUUAUGGUUGAAUGAGGGUUUUGCUAGAUAUUAUGAAUACUUCUUGACUGACUGGGUAGAGGAUUACAUGGGUUUCGCCACUCGAUUUAUCCCGGAACAACUCCACACUGCCCUUCUAGCGGAUUCAGUUCUGAGUGCUCAUCCUCUAACAAACACCGGCGUGGGUAGUCCCGCAUCAAUUGGCAAUAUGUUUUCAACAAUUACCCACGCCAAAGGUGCUUCUGUGAUUAGAAUGACAGAGCAUCUGUUAGGUUUUCAAGUUCACGAAGAAGGUUUGCGGAGAUACUUGAACGCCAGGCGGUUUGAUGUAGCCCUACCAGAACAUCUAUUUCAAGCUCUCCAGGAGGUAGCAGACGAAUAUGGCGUAAUAGCAGACUAUGGAGAUGAUUUCUCUGUCAGCGAUUAUUACAAAUCAUGGACAGAACAAUCUGGACACCCGGUGCUCAGUGUUCAAAUUAAUCAUCAAACUGGUGAUAUGAUCAUCUUUCAGCACCGAUUUGACAUCAAUGCAGGAUAUGCGAUUACGCCUAACACUUGGAUCAUUCCGAUCACCUUUUCGACUGCCAGCAAUCCAGACUUCACAAAUACUAAACCGAGUCACAUCAUCAGUAAUAGUAUGAACUACAUUAACCGAGGCUCUGUUGGUGAUGAGUGGGUGAUAUUUAACAGACAGCAGACAGGUUUCUACCGUGUUAAUUAUGAUGACUACACAUGGAAUUUGAUACUUAAUGCAUUGAAAACAAAUAUAACUCUUAUUCAUGAGAAUAAUAGGGCACAGAUCGUGAAUGAUUUAUUUCAAUUCGCUCGAUCGGGAAUAAUGUCGUAUUCAAGAGCCUUAAACCUCCUUUCUUUCCUUGAAACCGAGACUGCAUACGCACCAUGGGUUACGGCUUUGACUGCGUUUAAUUGGUUGAUAAACAGAUUGGCUAGUACGCCGGAAACUUUAGCGAAACUUCAUAGCCUUAUAACUGUUUGGGGGAAAACCGUCAUGGAUGAACUCACAUACUAUCCAGACGAGGAUGAAUCUUUCAUGCGAUCAUAUUUUCGGUAUCAAGUUGUGCCUACAAUGUGUGUGGUAGACGCUCCCGGUUGUCGUGACGCUGCUGUGAGCCAGUUCAAACAGCUUGUUGAAAGCAAUGGAUCUUAUGAAGUUCCUGUCGACAGCAGAACUUGGGUUUACUGCAACGGUCUCCGAUACGGAACCGAAUCCGAUUUCAAUUUUCUUUGGUACAGAUUCAGAACUCAUCACGUUUAUACUGAGAAGAGUUUAAUUCUCAAUGUUUUAGGAUGCACACCUCAUCAGUCUUCUCUUUACACUUUAUUGGAUGCUAUCGUAGAAGACAACUAUCUGAUUCGUCAACAAGAUUACACUACGGCAUUUAACUCAGCUGUAACAGGAAAUGAAGGAAAUACCAAGAUUGUAUUAAACUAUAUACAAAAUAAUUUGGCGAAAGUUGAGGCUGGGUUCAAAUCGCUCGCGAUACCACUCUCGUACAUAUCUUCCAGGUUAAGGACUGAAGAAGAAGUAAAUGAAUUCCAACUAUGGGCUACAGAGAAUCGAGAGGCUCUAGGCUCCAGUUACAAUUCAGUCAUGAACGGCGCAAACAGCGCCCUUGAUAGCAUCAAAUGGGCACUGGAGGUUCAAGAUGAUAUUCUUGAUUAUAUCGACAGCAUUGUACCUGUGGAAAGUACGACCCCUCCUCCAGUACAAACCACCACUGAAGGUCCAGACUCUGCCAUCACUACCGUUAUAUCUGAAGUUCUUGUUGCCGCAGUAGUAUUAAUAAAUUUGCUACGUUAAUAAGCUGUUUUCGACUUCGGCAUCGUAUUAUAAUGUCGAGUAGUCUGUACUCUUCUAUAUAUUAUUUUCUACAUAUAUUAUAUGUUAUGCUUUAUAUACAAACUCUAUAGAUACUUUCUCCUUUCGGAUUCUCAAGGUUGAUUGGAAGAAAUCGCUUUAAGUGAUAAGUCCGCCUGUGUACAUUUUGUACAAAAGUCGAUUGCUUGUGUACCUCUGUCCCAUUCGUGUUUCAACCGUGAAGCAGUUGUGUUUGCAUAACUGUGUUUCGGUUUGAAGGGUGGGAUAUGGCGUGAAUUUACUGGAUACAGAGGAAUAACACCUGAGUCCUCAGGAAUGGCAACGCAUGGGGGGUAUCUUGGGCGAAACAGUAUACUCUAUUAUGUCCAUGGUACUGUUCAUGUCUAUAGGCAACGGUUACCACUUUCCAUCAGGUGGGCCGUCAGCUUGUUUGCCAUUCUAAGUUGUAUAUAUAUAAAAAAAAAACCCUAAUUAUCUUUAUUAAAAGUGUAUGUGUGUAUGUAUUAUAAAAUGUAAAGGAUUGUUUGAACAUGUUAAUUUCUAGUAUUUUAUGCUAUCUCUACCUUUUUUUAAAAUACCAAAUUUUAUGGCUUAUUUUUUACCAGCAAACCAAAUAUUUAAAUAGUAAAUGUCGAUCAUAUGAUAUAAAAACAGUAAUUUGUUUAUAAAAUUAUAUGCAAAGAAGACAAGUUGAUUAGCCGAAUAUAAGAUAACUUGUCGUUAAAAAGAGCCAAGUGCAAUUUUGAGUUUUAAUUUGAUUGUUCAAGUUUAAGAAGAUAUUUUUUUAAAUAGCAUUAUUUUUAUUGCUUUAGCAGAAAGGAAAGCAUGAAAUUGCGCAUUAAAAUUAUUUUAAAACAUUAUAAGUUCUUUUAAAUAAAUUGAAAGAUUAUUUAGAAAUCUUGCCGUCUAUUUAUCAUUUUCCUAAUAUUGAACUUGGCUCCUUUUUUCACAUUUAUAUUUUUGAUGGGAUAUACUAUUUACGUUGAACUAUUGGUAAAUUAGAAAUAGAUUGAAAAUGCUUAUAUUUCUGGCAAGCUCAGUCGAAGGGCAAAUGUGAAGUCACAUUCUUACAAAUAGGUAUUACGUUUUAACAUUAUAGUUUAUUCAUAUAUAUAUUAUAUAUAUAUAUAUAUAUAUAUAUAAUAAUCCUGUAGAGGCCGAAUGUCUGUACAUAGAAAAGAAGUUAGAAGCAAAAUAGAUUAUAUGGAGAUUUUUUCAAAAUUUUUGUUUCUCUGUCUGCUUGUUUGUUUGUACGGGCUAAUCUCCGAAACUGUUAGACUGAUUUCAAUGAAAUUUUGCACGGUAGUACCUUACAUCCCCGAUCAACAUUUUAGAUUUCAUUUUAGAUUUACUUUUCAUUACGGAAAAUUAAAGAGUUGAAGAAUUAAAGAGUUCCUGUGGGAUACUACACAACGUAAUUAAGUAGUCAUUUAAACCUAAGGCAAAGAGUGAGAACGACACGUCAUCUGUUAAUUUUGGUCCAGUAUUCCCGGAUAUAAUAAAUAGGUAGCUAUAUACAUCGAUACAUACUAAACAGGAAUAACAAAUACCACGCGGAAAAAGUCGCGUGGAUUAGCUAGUUUCUAAUAAAAUAUUUACUACUGAUAAAUUAAUGGCAAAGAAGGAAGUAAUUACGUGAUAAUACCUUGUUAAUUAAUAAGUAUGCGACGUGAUUAUGAUAAAUAAAAAAUUAAAAAAAAAAAAACAGUACUUUUAUUUAGAUAGUAUUUAAAAAAUUACAUAAUAAACACAAUAACAAAUAAAUUACAUAAUAACAUAUAUAUAUAUAUAUAUAUAUAUAUAUAU